UAUAAACACAUCUGGAAGUUUUGAUUUUGUAAAAAAAAAAAUGAUUAAGUUUCAUUGCACUAGUUUAAUUAAAUUUAACGACAUCACUGUUUACUUGCCGUAUUCAGUCACAACAACAGACACGGAAAAUGAGUGACACAAAGCGUGUAAAUUCUGGCCGAUCAAGGGCAGGGCCAGUGAGUCAGAGGUCAGAUAGGGGAGACAAACAGGAUAACAGAAACCUGGCUAGUCGCGAGGAGGAGUACAAGAAGUUGAAUGCGGAGCUGGAAGCAAAGACAGCCAACCUGGUGAAGGAGGCAGAGGAUGUCCUGAAAGGCCAGGAGUCCGUCCUCAAUGAACCAAGACUUCUGGAGAAAAUCAACACUGAUGAAUUCCUUAAGGUGUUUGAUGAUGACUAUGCAGCAGCCAAUGAAAACUGGACAGACAGAACAAGUCCUGAAAACAAGGUGUUGUCCAGUCGGCCUCAGUCAGGAGCCCAGUCUGUCAAUCAGUCAAGGCCUCAAUCCAGAACCAAGAAAUCAUCCUCAACCAAGUCCCGUGUAAAGUCUGGGAAGACAAAAGUAGAAGAUGUGGCCACAGUGGACGAUGCCUUCAUCACCGAGUACAAGGACUUUUCUCUACAAAAUGUGGUGGAGAAUCUCGAGGGAAUGGACUUGGGGGAUCCACAGGAUGAUGUGCUUCCACAGGCUGCACAUGACAUAGGGGCAGAGGCCCAGAUCCGAUUCCUGAAGGCAAAGCUGCGAGUAAUGCAGGAGGAGAUGGAUCGUCUUGCACAAGACAUCAACAAGAAGGAGGAGGAGACUAGUGGGUACAGUGUGCGUGUGAAGGAGUUGGAGGAGGAAAGGGGACGUCUCACACGAACUGGGGCCGCUCAGACAGCACAGAUUGACAAGUAUAAAACGAUAGCUGAUGACAGUAGGGCCAAGGCAGACAGCCUCGAAACACAGCUCAUUGCUACCAAGAAAGAGCUGGAUGGAAUGAAGCGCACCCAGAAGCAGGCAGCGACCACCCAGGGGGCUACAGAGGUGCGGCUGAAUCGUGCCCUGGAGGAGAUAGAGAGACUCAAGGAGCAGCUGUCACGGGCCAAGACUUCAUCUAGAGAAUCAUCCGACUCGGAGAAGCGACGGGUUGACCAGCUGGUGGCAGAUAACAAGCGGCUAGAGAAACAGAAGAAUGAGCUCAUGGCUGGCUUCAAGAAACAACUUAAACUCAUAGACAUUCUCAAACGACAGAAGAUGCACAUUGAGGCUGCCAAGAUGCUGUCAUUUUCUGAAGAAGAGUUUGUCAAGGCACUGGAGUGGGGGAGUUGAGCUGAGUGGGGUCAUGCAGUGAGCUCUGCAGAGUUGAUUUGUGUGUGACAGGUUGAGGAGCAUGUAACAGACUUGCUGUAUGUCCAGCAACAUACAGGUGCUCUGUGUGUGCCUUAUGUUGCAACUGGUAAUGCAAGGAUCUAUUCCUGUGUCAUUACUAAACUGUGUCAUGCAUCGAUCUGACAGAUUAUCUUGAAUAAAAAGAAGAUUUAUGGUGUAGGAUAAACAUAAGUGCGGCAUUGCAUUUGUCAACUUUACUGGAUUUAUUUUGUAUUUAAUCAUGGCAGUCAUUCCAUGUAUCAUAUAUUGUCUCAAUUAAACUCUUCAACAACUAAAACGUGUUAGCAGUGAAUAUAUUUAUUUAAUGACAUCAUAUACAGAAAAUUACAUAAUAUUUAAUA